CAUGCGGGGUUUACUGCUUUGCUGCCUUGUGUCUUUGGUUGCAAGCGAAAACCUACGAUAUGAUAUCUCCCUGAAUCCAAAGAAAACCUAUGAGUACAAAUAUGAAGGAGAGGUGAACUUUGGACUCGACAAGCCAAACCUGGCGGAGUCCGGGGUCCGAAUAAUCUGCAAGGUCACGAUCACUGGUGUGUCUGAACAAACAUUCCUCCUUCAGGUAUCAGAGCUGGAAUUUGCUGAGUAUAAUGGCUUUGAAUACAAAAAUGGCUACACUUCCUCCCCAAAUGUUACUAAACGUAUUGCCGCUGAGCUUGCCAAACCUUUCAUGUUUGAGCAUGUCAAUGGACACAUUGAUGCCAUUAACGCAUAUGCUGAAGUUUCCACCACUGUUGUCAACAUCGUUAGAGGUAUACUUGAUUUUUUCCAAGUGACUGUGAAGACUACGCAGAACAUCUAUGACCUGGAAGAGACUGGAAUCCAUGGCAAGUGUCAGAGUAACUAUGCUAUUGAAGAAAAUGAGGAAACAAAGGAUUGGACCAUCACUCAGGUUGUGGAUGUGACUAACUGCAAAGAAAAGGCAGCAAUGUACAGAGGAAUGGCAAUUACUGUGGUGGACAAACUAUCCAAAGAGAGAGGAGAAUCUGUCAUUUCAACCAUGAAAUAUAAUUACACCAUCAAGCCAACAGCAGAGGGAGGUCUCAUCACCAGAGCUCAUGGGCUCGAGCGACAGCACUUCAGUACCUUUAAUGUGAAGGGUGGCAGUUUCAAGAUGGAAGCAAUGAAGAACUUGGUGCUACUUAGCGUGAACACAGCUAGUGCAAUCUCAUAUGGGCCCAUGGAAAGCAAAGGUGAUAUUGUGUUAAAAUUUGAGGAUGUGGACAUUAAUAUUCCAAUUAUCAUGCAGAACCUGGAUGACCCAGCACCAAAGGCUAUUGAAUUGAUCAAGCGGUUGGCUGAGGCAAAUAGUGAUGGCAUUGAUAGUGAAACCACUGAGGACUCUAUUAAGGUGUACCAGCUCAUGCGAGUGAUACCUUAUGAAGAACUGGAAAACAUGUGGAAGCAAUUAGCAGAAAAUCCCAAGUACAGGCGUUGGAUGUUGGACUCGACAUCUGAAAUUGGCGAUGCCAGAGUCCUGAAUUUCCUAGAGACCAGGUUUAAGGCAAAUGAUGUGACUGCUGUUGAAGCUUGGCAAACCCUGUUGUUGGCUUUUCAUCAUCUAAAAAUCGCUCCUGAGUUUGUAGAGAUGGCUAAAGUUUUCCUGCAGCUCCCAUUCAGUAAAUCUAACACCUAUCUGUGGCAUACUGUGGCCCUUUCCUAUGGCUCUCUGGUGAAUAAGUAUUGUGUGUAUUAUACACCAUGUCCAGUAACCGCUGUUCAGCCCCUGCUGGACAUGGCCACAGAGGCUCUGAGGAGUGACAACAAAGAAGAAAUGGUUGUCGCUCUGAAAGCUCUGGGGAACGCAGGGCACCCUGGGAGCAUGAAAACCAUCAUGCGUUACCUUCCUGGAGUGGCUGCCACUCCGGUGGAUCUGCCUCUUCGGGUGCAGAGUGCAGCUAUCCAGGCAAUGAGACUCAUCACUACCAGAGACCCUCACAGCGUUCAGGACGUCACCCUGACAAUGUUCCUGCAGAAGGACCUUCCAUCUGAGGUUCGCAUGCUGGCCUUCAGGAUCCUUUUCGACACUAAGCCUUCGAUGGCUCUUGUGUCCACAGUGACAGCUCAUCUGCUGGAAGAAAGAGACCUUCAGGUUGCUAGCUUUGCAUACUCUUACUUGAAAGGUUUUGCCAACUCCAAGACUCCAGACAAUCACUGGCUUUCGACUGCCUCCAGUUUGGCUGUGAAAAUCCUUGCCCCCAGAUUUGGCCGUCUCAGCUAUUACUACAGCAAAGCAAAGCAUGUAGACUGGUUUGAUGAUAGGUGGCUAUCUGGCAUAUCAUUAGACUUCUUCAUGCUUAGAAAUGCAAGCAACGUCAUUCCCUCUGAGAUCAUGUCAUCAGAAAAACUGCACAUGAUUGGUAGAAUUAUCGAACUACUGGAGUUAGGUAUCCGUGCAGAAGGAAUAAAGGAUCUGUUUGGAGCCGGCAUUCCUGGAUUUAAAGGAGACUUCAGUAUGAGUGAUCUUAUGGCUAUUUUCAGUGUGCUUCAAAAGUGGGAGACUCUGGAAGAUGAUAAACCAGUCUUUUCAGUGUAUUCACGUGUCUCAGGGCAAGAGUGGUUCUUCACUGACAUGAGCAAAGAGACCCUCCGGAAUAUCAUCACAGCCUUUAGUCCUACCGCUUGGAAAUCAAGUCCUCUGUUGACUAUGAUUGAGAAUUUACAGAGAGGAACCUCAUGGGACUACACACGGACAUUUUUGACCUGGGAAGCUCGUUACUUCCAGGCUACAACCCUGGGUCUUCCAGUGGAGAUCAGCAAAUAUUAUAACUCCAUCACUGCAAUCAAUUUUAAUGCUAAACUUGCAGUUAACCCCCCACCCACGGAAAGCCAUGGAGAGCUUGGGAAUUCAGAAAUUACACUGGAAACAGAUGGAUUUGCUGGUUGCACCAAGGACUUUUGGGUUUUCUAUGGGAUCAACACCAAGCUCUUCCAGAGUGGCUCAGAGUUAAAGCUUAAGAUCCCGUCUGCUGUUCCAUGGAAGUUAUCUGCAAAGAUAAACGUACCAGAGAAGAAAUUUGAGCUUGACUUUCCCCCUAGCAAAGAGGAAAUUGAAAUUGUAUCAAUUAGAUCGGAUUUGUAUGCAGUGUCCAGGAACAUUGAAGAGCCUGAUGUGCCCAAAAUAACCCCAAUAAUGCCCCUUUCUGCUGACCCCAGUCAUGAAGUACUGCAACCUAACACCUGGCAUCCUACUUCCAGAAUGUGCUAUGAGUACAACAUCUAUGGAGUGGGUCUCUGCAUGGAGUACGAGUUAAAGAGGCAGUAUUAUUAUGAGGAAUACCCACUGUACUACUUCCUUGGAUACAGCAACAUGGCACUCAAAAUCGUUCCAGCCCAAACAAUAAAAGCUGUUGACAAAAUCCACUUUGAGCUUGACGCUGGUCCCAGCAGACGUCCAAUGAGUGCGCGCCAACUGCUGGAGACUCUGAGAAGGCUUUCCAAGAAGGCAGCACAUCGAAUGAAUGCUUCUUCAAACUCAGCCCCAAAAAGCAGAGAUUCUCAUCAUAGAUACCAUGACAUCGUUCUGGAAGUCCAGAACUCAACAACUGAAGCUGUCUUCAACUUCAAAGCUUUUGCCAUUAGUGACAACCAGAAGCCCGAGGGUUAUGAUGCAGCUAUGUACCAUACACCUGAGGCAAGCAUUCAAAACGCCCAACUAAUUGUGUCCCGUGUUGGAGCGAACACCAACUGGAAGAUGUGUGUUGAUACAAGUCUAGAUGCUGAAGCAAAGGCACACAUUAGAUGGGGCGCUGACUGUCAGACCUAUGAUAUGUCAAUGAAAGCCACUACUGCAUAUCUCUAUGGUUCCAAGCCAGACCUCAAGGUCAAAGUACAAUGGAACAGGAUUUCAGGGUACAUGGCUGAGAUUGGCAAAAGAAUUGAACGUUACAUCCCUGGUGUGGCGUUCCUUUAUGGCUUCUCCCAGAAAAACGAGAAAAAUCCAGAGCAGGAGGUAUCUGCAACAGUUGUUGCAGCCUGGACAGACAGCUUUGAAGUGGAGAUUAAACUCCCAGAGUAUACAGUGUACAAGGCUGUGUCAUUUCCAGUUCUAUGGGGCUGCCAGUGGACUUAUCAUAACAUGACAAUCUCAACAUUACAUUAAGUUUACACAAGCAUAAAAACUGCAGAACCCAGAUGCCGGCCAGAUGUCUGAUGCACCAUUGUGAACAAACAACUGCAGCCAAUAUGUAAUGCAUGCCAGCAUCCUAAACCGUAUUAUCAGUCUGUCAGAUGUAAAGAGCAUGUUUGUGAACACUAUUGUAAAGAAUAUUGGUUUAAAUAAAACCCUGUAAGUCUAUGAAUUGUAUUUAAUCUACAAAAAAAAAAACCACAAUAAAACAGGGAGCAACAA